UUGUCUUCCGGGUGAGGUGUUGUUGUUGUCAUCAUCAUCAUCAUCAUCAUCAUCAUCUAGUGAAACGGUGAAGACUCGCGUCUCUCUCCCCCGCCGGUUAUUUAAGCAGUAUGUGGAUCCCCGCCGAUGGAUGUCACGACGAACACUGAGGAGAUUUUAGCUGAGAACUUGAUCCAGCUGCUUGAACUUGAGCACGAUGUCGGUUUCAGCGCAGGAGAGGGACGCGUGCUUCCCUUCGGACUGGGAGGAUGACGAGCGGAUGGCUUUCUUGUUCUCUGCCUUUAAAGAGAACCGGGAUGUUGACUGUACCGACUGGGAUGGGAAGAUAGACUUCUGGAGUCCUCUGAUCGUUGACCACUGCAGGAGACGCGGCUCGGUGUGUGUGAGUCUGCAGGACUUGAAUGAGAGUUUCAGAAGGAAGGGCAUCGUUCCUCUGGGCUUGAGUACUGUAAUUCAGAGCAUGAUUCGGAGUGGGAAGGUGCAGAAAGAAUCCGACUUCGCUGCAAACGUAGACUCGGGCUGGUUGUCGUGGGGUGUUGGGCUGCUGUUAGUCCGGCCUCUGAAGUGGACUCUGUCGGCUCUGCUGGGCAGCGGGAGGGUCCCGCUGGAGGAGAUGUUCGUUGUGAUAGAACUGGUUAAGGAAAAGGCUGCGGCGCUUUUGGCGGCAUAUCGAGGUUCUCCUUUAGCAGUGCGCUCUCUGCUGUCGUUCCCAGAGCUGCGUGCGCUCUCCUCUCACAUCUGUCCCGAUGAAAGCUCGCUCUGCAUGGCUCUGCUACAGCUCCAGAGAGAGAAACAUGUCACCGUCUCACUCCACGAAGGAGAGAAGCUGGUGAAAUUCAGUCAGGCAGGACAGGGCCGUGUGUCUCCGGUCAGCGAGGUGGACCUGGGCAUCUAUCAGCUCCAGCGCAGCGAGAAGCUUCUGGAGGAGAGGGUGGAGGUGCUGGGACUGGAGGCAGAAAAGUGUAAGCAGCAGGCAAAAUCACUGCUUAAAGAGGGGAAGAAAUCACAGGCCCUGAGGUGUUUACGUGGAAGCAAGCGUGUGGAGAAGAAAGCGGAUCGUCUGUUUGCUCAGCUCGAGACAGUGAAGGGGAUCCUGGACAGAAUAGCAAACUCUCAAACCGACCGUCUGGUGAUGCAGGCGUACCAGGCAGGGGUGGCGGCUCUGAGAAUCUCUCUGAAGGGUGUGACUGUGGAGCGAGCGGAGAACCUGGUGGAUCAGAUACAAGAGUUAUGCGACACUCAGGAUGAAGUCAACCAGACUCUUGCCGGUGGGGUGCUGGAUUCUGGUGAGGAUUCAGAGGAGUUGGAGGAGGAGCUGAAGUCAUUAUUGGAGAACACUAUCCUAGAUAAGGACGUGCUCCCAGUGGUGCCCACGCACCCUCUCUCUCCUCCCAGGAAAACGGGUGUCCCGGAUGCGGAUUUCCUCCAGUCUCUGCCCUGCGUGCCUGACUCCAGCCUGGGCAUCACAGAUGAGGAGCUGGACAGAGAGCUGAGUCGACUCACAGUCUCUGACACAGUUCAGAGGAGGAUGGAGUCGGCACAGUGAGCGUUCAGCACAAGCACAAGCUACUAUGGGUUCAACGCUGUCCGAUAAAGCCAUCAGAGACAGUACAGAACGUGUGUCCUUACAUUGUAAUACGCCCUACCAAGUCUUUAUGAAGAGCCCUUAUUCAUGUUUGUAAUAGCAUGUUUAUUUUUGUUUUUUAAAGACAGUUUUAAGAGUGGCCUUCUUGAGUUUGUAAAGUCUGUACAAUGUAUUAUUCUAAUAAAACUACAAAUUAUGAUGCCAAAUAAACAA